CUCUCUCAAACACACACACACGCAGAUAAAAUGUCUGUCCCUGUUGAAGCCGUGUGUUUCUUCCUGCUCUGACGCUCAACUUCGCUCUAUCUGAAACUAAAACAAAGAUGACAAGGCCGCGACUUUUGCGCAAAUGUCCGGAUCAGAGAGUUGUAGGACAUAUCCAAGCAUCAUAUUAGCGCAGAAACGCUGGCUGGUACUGGGGUGUCAACGCGAUAAAUCCCCGCCCGAAGUAGUGAGUCGGUGGUGGCGGCAUGUCGCUGAGCUCCGGCGGGUGGACUCAAGCAUCUCCGCCGGCCCAGUCCUCGUCGUCUCACCUCGGCCACGAGGCCUCGCAGUCGGCAUGCAGCACUGUUUUGAUGUCAGUGAAGGUGUCGGUAUGCCACUCCGGUAUACGGCCGCUGUGUCUCCCCGGAACAGGAGACGAAUCUCUUCGUCUUCAGCUGAGCAUGGACCCAGGGAAGGCAGGGGAAUUCCGCCUCGCGCUGCGGGACAUCAGCGCUACAACGGCCGGGCGCAGUGUGUUUAUUGCUGAAUUUGACCUCAAGACUGUUCAAUAUGAAGUCAAGACCCCACUGUGCCAUGAACUGAGUUUGGCAACACCUCCACAUGACCGUAUAUCCUUCAAAUUUCGGUGUGAACAGGAAGCGCAGGAGUGGGCCACCGUGGUGACGUCAUCACUCCGUGAGGCACACAGAGUGGCAAUUAGUUCCUCCACUGAAGAAAGGCGACUACCUCCUCCACCUCUGGACACACAGAGCAAAGCACCCAUGCCACGCACAGAGGAGAUCUGUGCGGAGCUGGUCAGUGCGAUAGAGGCAGGUGAUGUUCGGUCAGCAUCAGUCUGUGCGUCGUCUUUAGCUAAACAGAAAGCUGCUCUGAGCAUUCAGCCCUCGAAACGAAACUACACUGACUCUGAAGUUUGCUUGGCUGUGGUGGUGGAAGAUGCAUCCUCUUCCUGUUGUGUCUCAGUGAAAGUCUUCCCACACUCUACAAUUGGUGCUCUCAAACAGCAGGUCUUCUCAGAUUAUGGUUUUCAUCCACGUGUUCAGCGCUGGGUCAUCGGCCAGUCUUUAUGCUCUGACCAUCGCUCUCUGGCGUCUUAUGGAGUCCAGCGAGAUGGAGACACUGCAUUCCUUUAUCUCAUUUCUGCCCGUCAAGCUCGUCUCAGUCAAGGGAUCUACCAGCAAGAUCAGGAAAGUGCUUUACUCGUGGUGCCAACGUCUCAUCAGGCCCACCAAGAAGCGGUUAGCAAUGGGCCAUCAGCACUCAACACAGCCUCAAGACCAUACAGCACCCUGCCUACGAGACUUCACAACAGCCAUAAUACUCUGAGUAACAAUGCUGGAGGAUCAGAGAGGUUGGGUUUAAGUGAUAUUCGUGACCUGAUCAACCUUGAGCUGCCACAGCUAAAUGAAGCCCUGGGUCCCAACAGAACAAGCACACAGCCGGGUUGGGCCUGCCCGACAUGUACGUAUAUUAAUAAACCAACCCGUCCAGGCUGUGAAAUGUGCAGCGCAGACAGACCUGAAGGAUACACAGUUCCUGGCAACUACAGACCAGACGCUUUAGAGCUACGACGCAUUCAGCAGGAAAAAGAAGCAAUAAGGCAGUACCAACAGGCUAGAGAAACAGAGCGCAGGGAGAACUUUGCUCGUCUGGUUCAGAUGGACGGGCAGGAUCUGGUUCCAAACCCAGAGCGAGUGGAGUGCAGGAUCUGCUACGUGGAGCUGGAGUCUGGUGAAGGAGUGCUGCUGAGAGAGUGUCUGCACUGCUUCUGCAAAGACUGUCUGCGCUCUGUGAUUCUGAUGUCAGAGGACCCUCAGGUGGCUUGUCCAUACAGAGACGAGUCUUACGCCUGUGACUGCGUCCUGCAGGAAAGAGAAAUCCGAGCUCUAGUGUCAAUGGAUGAUUAUGAGCACUGGCUGCAGAGGGGUCUGUCUGUGGCGGAAUCUCGCUGUGAGGGCAGUUAUCACUGCGCUACUGCUGACUGUCCCGGCUGGUGUGUUUAUGAGGACACUGUCAACACUUUCCACUGUCCAGUGUGCAAGAAACAAAACUGCCUGCUCUGCAAGGCUAUUCAUGAAGGGAUGAACUGUAAGCAGUAUCAGGAUGAUCUCGCAGCUCGAGCCAUCAAUGACUCUGCAGCUCGAAGGACCAGAGAUCUGCUGAAGACUCUUGUUAAUUCUGGAGAGGCGAUGCAUUGCCCCCAGUGCGGCAUCAUUGUCCAGAAGAAGGAGGGCUGUGAUUGGCUGCGCUGUACCGUCUGCCACACUGAGAUCUGCUGGGUCACCAGAGGGCCGCGCUGGGGGCCCAAAGGUCCAGGAGACAUAAGUGGAGGCUGCCGCUGCAAUGUCAACAAGCAGAGAUGCCACCCAAAAUGCCAGAACUGUCACUAAAGGGAAUAGCAGAGAAAAAAAGAGGACGAGGUACGAGUAAAUGUAGCGUAUUGCAUUAUGAAAGCUUUUGACAUUUUGUGUGGACUGAUAGAAAUAUACCGUCCACCUGAUGCUUCUAACUGAAAUGUGUAGGUCUGUUGUACAUCUAAAGUCGCAACGGUGCAUUUUAUGGGAUUGAAUCAUAAAGCAAAUAAGCACUGAGACGAGUCCUAUUAGACAACUACUGUAGUGUAUCGGUCCACUUAGCAUUCUAAUGUGAUUAUUUAUUAACACAACUCCACUGUAUUAGAUUUCACCUAUAAAAUGAAGUGUUGUAUUAGAGUCAACUGCAAAAAGGAGAUGUUAAAGGAAUAGUUCACCCAAAUAUAACAUAAUUUAAUUAGUUUUUUCUUGAACACAAAACAAGACAUUUUGAAGAAUGUUGGAAACAUGUAACCAUUGACUUCCUCUGUAUUUGUUUUUCCUACUAUGGCUAUCAAUGGUUACAGGAUUCCAACAAUCUUCAAAAUAUCUCCUUUUGUGUUCAACAAAAUGAGGAAACUCAUAAAGGUUUGGAACCACUUGCAAGUGAGUAAAUGGUAAAUACAUUUUGACUUUUGAGUGAACUGUCCCUUUAAAAUGGUUAAUGAAUGUUCAUCCAGUGAACACAAAUUCUGAUUUAUUUAAACUGACUGAGUGCUCUUGAGACUAAACUGCUACUUUGAGGGUGCUGGAAAUAGGGAUUUGGAACUGAUUCACUAUUUUGGACCAGUUCUUUUUUUUUU